AGUCGAAUGGUUCACUCUCUCUUCCUCAUCUCACGUCACGCGUAUGAUUCAACAGCUUCGUAGCAGACGACAGUUCUUUUCUCAGAAACACUGACACAUCUUUGGAAAUAAUCAUUCAACUUGACGACAACAUUUGAAGAAGAAACCUGUGACUAUUUAGUUCCAACUUUGAAGCAGAAGAUCUUGAAUUUUAAGUUUUAAAAACUUUUCAAGCAGCUCAUGAGCUCUGAGUCUGUUUUUGCAUCAUAUUUCAUUGGGAUUUACUUUUCGCUGACAAAGUGGAGUCGUUAAAAAUAAUGCAGAAUUUGACGAAUAUGGAUCUCGGCGGCAGCUGUGGUAUAAAGUUGGAGGAGAUGCCACCACAACAUCAACAACGUGAGCAGACGACAGAUUUAAAACUCGAAGAACAAUCGCCCAGCGAAGGUUCCGAUGACGAACAGAAGUCAACUGAUUGCCCUGAGUCGCCAGAUUCUUGCCAGAAAUCAAAGAAACCCGGAGCAGGAGUGAGACGACAGGAGAAACCACCCUAUUCCUACAUUGCCCUGAUCGUGAUGGCCAUUCAAGCAGCCCCCACCAAACGAUGCACCCUCAGCGAAAUCUACCAAUUUCUCCAACAGCGUUUCCCCUUCUUUCGAGGUUCCUACCAGGGUUGGAAGAACUCUGUCAGGCAUAAUUUGUCCCUGAAUGAAUGCUUUAUCAAACUGCCUAAGGGCCUAGGGAGACCAGGAAAGGGGCAUUACUGGACCAUCGACCCCGCGGCGGAGUUCAUGUUCGAGGAAGGUUCCUUCCGCAGGCGUCCCCGUGGAUUCCGACGAAAGUGCCAGGCGAUGAAGCCAUUUGGGAUGUUGAAUAACUACGGUUCUCACGCGAUGUUAGGGUCACCUUACGACCCCCUACACCACCAGGGACCACCCAUGGGCAUGAACAUGCCCUGUGCUAUCAACUCGCAGGGUUACGACAACCAGAUGAUGAACUCGAUGAACGGACAGUUUUAUUCACCACUGUCACAACAUGCUCCUCCGCAACAUCCCGCUAGCUGCAGCGUCAGCAUGAAUGGACAUUAUCCAACAACCAUGACAGCGAACAACAUGAUGAACUCUCACAGUGUCGCGGCAGCAGACUAUUCUCACCUCACGACACCCUGCUCCUCGGCGGGGGCAAGCAUGACAAGCUCCAUUCCUUCGUAUGAGCGCGACCAAGCGUCCUGGACGAUGGCUCAGAGAUGUUACGGCAACAAGCAGCCCCUCAGCCCGACAGGCAGCACAGGAUCCAUUCAGAGUCUGAGUCCAAAUGGCAGCUCAGGGGAUCAUAGUCCAUACGGUACACAUACGCAUAUACAGUCCAACGGCGAGACGCAACCUAUGGAUUUGGCAAUGUCAGGGUUACGGAUGAAGUACGAGAAGAUGGGAGAAUCAAACUACCUCACUGCUGGCAACCCUAACCCGUAUACCGAGACACAACAGGCAGAAACGACAGACAGAAUCUUACAAUGUAUGAGAGUUCCAACACAGCCUAUGACGUCACAUCCGAGUAUGUGCGACCGUAAACCGUUCAGUCUAUCAUGUGCUCCGAAUACCAUGAACGCAGGUCUACCUCACGCGGGAUAUUACGAGAAAUGUUCCAUAUGAAACAUGACUUUCACGUGACAUUCCUGUGAGAUAUUGAGAGAGGCGGCUCGGAGAUUCGAUGACGUCAUGUGGUGAUCGUCUGCGAAGUGGCGAUGUCAUGGUGAACACUACUCCAGACAUGUAAUUAGUGCGGUCUUUGGUCAGUACCUCAGCCAAUCAAAUAGCUCGGACUCAUCCCGGAGAGAGAGAAAAUACUAGAAAGUGCCUGAACAAGUGCUUCGAAAAGGAGUGGUUUAAACUUUGCUUAUUUGAUAGAAUCAGCUGUGUAUGACCGUGAUAGAAUGAACAAGAUAUUUGACACAAACUCAGACGUUUUUAGGUAGAUGUGCCCCAGUUCUAACUGUAUCGCCUUGGAUUAAUCAGAAUAGAUUCUGAGCAUCCUCUAAGGUAUUGUUAACUGGAAGCGAACCUAUGUUAGCGAAUUCUAUGUUAGCCUCGGUGGGACUAAGCCCAAGGGAUGAUGAAUACAUCCGUUUCCGCGGUUUCUGAAAUCGAACAACGAUCAUCUGAUAGCUUAUGCACUGGCUUCUGUCAAAGUGCCACCCACAACUCUGAAGAAAAGGUUGGAAAUCAACUGAAAUUUCAUUUCUCGUGCCUUACCUUACCGUUUGAUAUUUCGGCUUCUACACGUACAUGUAUAUAGUUUAAAAACAUAUGGUAGCUUUUUAUCAAACCUGUGACUGGCUAUGCUGGGUGUUUGGUUUUAUUUCGAUGUAAAAAAAAUAUUUGUCCGUGUUUUGAUAGAAGUGUAUGCCUUAAGUUGAGACUUUUUCUGACUUCGAUAUGAAACUCAACGGUAUUAGCUGAACUGCAGUGGUAUUUUCGUGGAUGUCCAUCCCAAUUACAACGGUCUCGUAAAUAAAACUUGAAAUUGGUGCUAUUGUCCAAUUCGCAAAUGAAACUGGUAAUUGGUGCUCAUUGGUCCAAUGUGGAACUUGAUAUAUAUAUACUCCAAUAUAUUGGUGAGGUUCUGCAUCGCUUACGAACUAGAAACCAUUACGAAUUUCAACUAUGCGAAUUUCGAAUUAUUUAAAAUCGGAUAGAUUAUAUGCUCACAUGCAAAGAACUUCGUCCUUAUAAAUCGUAUUUGUGAGUGCUGUGGAAUCUCACGAUAUUUGUUUUAAUGACAAUCAACGUUUCCUGGUCUAUCACGUAUAUGCAAUUCAGUGACCCUGCUGUCAAAUAGUUGUCCAUAUAAAUUUCGCUGUUGCUGAUAUAUAAAGUAAUAUGUGGAGACGUACCCACUACGCCGUAAGUUUUUAAAGAUUUUAAAACCGCUUUGUAUUUUGUACUAUUUUACUACUAUACGUAAAUGAUGUAGAUUAGGUAAAGUUUAAUUUAAUCUUUGUAAAUACUUGUAUAUUGUUCUUUUUAAACCAUG